AUGCAGGAUGAGAUUGAGGAGGGAGUUUCUGCCGCGCAGGGAGGUCAGCAGGAGGAGGAUGGUGUGGAAGCUGACUGGGUCCAAGAAGGGGGACCAGUGUCCCCUCAGUUCCUCCACCUUCACCAGUCCUGGGAGCAGCAAGACGUUGCAAACACCGGGCAGGUUGAGAAAGCGCCUGGAAGCCUGCGUGCCGAUGGCUGGAUUGACCCCACCAGUUUCUCGCCUAAGACAGCCCUGGAGAGGUGGACCUUUGACAGGGAACCUGAUCCCCUCGUCUUCCUGAGCCACACCAGGGGCCCGGCCCCGCCCCCUCACACCACAGUGUUUGGCUCCACCCCCUCACAUAAGGGCACCAAGUUCUCUGUGGCUUCUAGCAUCCAGGAAGCAGGCAUUUUGGAAAGUGUAUCAGUCAUCUACUGCAAUAUCACACUGCGUAACAACAAGACACCCUUAGAGCAUACUGUAAACGCCUAUCAGCAUGUACACCUGCGGCUUCUGACCAGGACCAGUCGUAAGUAUGGUCUGGCUCUCAGCUGGGGUCAGGCAGGUGUCAGCAGCCAGCUGCAGGCCAUUUGGGGCCAACAGCUGUGUCGCCCAUUCCUGCAUGGGUUCCCCCGACAAGCUUACCCAGCCCUGUGGGCUUACCCAUGGGUGCACUAUGGUGGGUAUCUCUGGAUGGAGUAUCCUACCCCAGCUGCCUUGGUGCCUUCGGUGUGGCUGUAUUGAAGGGGCACCUCCAGCUUUGACCCCCUCAUGGGAAGUCAGUACCUGGCUGUCUUGGCCCAGCUUUUUCCUCCCCCACCAACUGCAGGAUUCCCACUCAUCUACUUCUCAGCUCCUCCCAUUCUGGGCAGGGCCACCUCCAGCCACUGUCCCCAGGUGGGAUGCCAGACUCCAGCCAGGGCUGCAGUUAGCAGGGGAGCAUCCAGAGGAGCUCCUGACUUGAAGACCUGCAAAGCCCCUCCUUCAGAAUGGGCCUCCAGGUGCAGUAUUCGGGCGCCUUUGCCCGCUGCAGCUCAGAGCUCUGCCCCCUGCCCCUUCCCCAUUAAAGAUUCUCAAUCGAACUCUGUCUGCCCCCGCUUCUCCUCCUGGUCACCCUGCAAGGCCCACCACUGCCUCUUUGAGUGCCAAUUAGCCCUCCAGACCCACCCAACAAUCAGAGACAAGUCUGGUGGAGCCCAGCCUCCUGUGGACUUUUAG